AUGCCCAACGGUCCUCGUGUGAACCGUAGGACGAUCAACGUCGGGGCAGGCCAGCUUCCAUCACCUGCCACCAAGCUCAUCAUCACUCAGAUACUCAAAACUAGUCAAGAUCAUCCAUUCUGGGCGUGGAUCAUUGUUGGGGCGUUUUACGACAAUCAGGAUCGCAUCAUUUGGAGCACAGAGUUGUUUGUUGCCCACCUUGACAUUCAGUUCGAGUCGGACGAAGAGGAAGAUUCGGAAGAGGAAGAAGGCCGAGAUACAGACAUUAGAGCUGGAUCUGAUUCACCACCUGCUUCCAUCAUGUCUGGAGGCUGGAACCCCAUCACCGGCCGCGACUCGGGAUCCGGCCGUCCCGCAUUCUCCCCGUACGGAGCUCCUCAGCCGGCCCAAGGCCAAGCAUACAUCCCUCAUGCUGGCGGACCAGGCUACAACUUUGGUACAGUGCCUCAGUACACCACCUGGCCUAACACGGCUUACGGAUACUAUCCUAUAGGCGCCGCCCAAGGCUUCCCGCAGUACGGAAUGCCUGCUCAGGGAGCCUUUGCCGGCUUCCACGCUCCACAGACAUUUGCCUAUCAGCCUAACGGAACAGGCAAUCUCCUCCCUCGCCAACCACAGCCUUAUCCCAACAUCGAUCCCACAAUGCCGGCUGCCCAAAUGACAAACACCACCGGCGGCACGGGCUGCGAGCCGGGCUACAACUACUUCUUCCCCGCAGAGCACACCAAAGCUCACAUAUUCAAGACCAACACUCCCCCAUGGCAGCUCCCUCCCACGGCACAGAUCCCUUUCAAAGCAGCACAUAUCCCGUGUAACACCACCAUGGCAGAACUGCUCAAGGGGUUUGGUUGCACUAAUCAGACGCCGAAAAAGAACAAGUGCUUCGAGGUUGUGAGCGGAGGAGGGGGGAAGUGGUACAAGGGGCUGGAGGUGAAUGGCGCGGACAAGGAUCUGCUAAAGAAGACGAUUAAGGACGUGGGAUGGGAUUCUACGCGGACCGGCAAUCCGAAUGAGAAGCCGGUGGUUUGUUUGUGGUUUUGCAGAGACUAG